AUGGAUUAUUUUGUUUUUGGAGUUUUGUGCGUUCAUUUUGCCUGUCUCCCUCAGCGGCAACUGGGGAGGAGGGUUGGUGUGCAGACGAAUGCGAACUCAGAGAAAAACAUGGAUCGGGCUAUGGCGGACGCCCAUCAUUUUGUGCCUCUACUCGCCGUGUCGUGUGCUGGGGGUCGGUGGGGGUGUGCGGGGCUGCAAAGGGAGCAGCACGCACUUACGCAGUUGUCUUUUUCAGUGAAUGCGCGUGGGGAGGAAACGCGGUUGCGCGAGGCAUUUGUCAGUCGAGCUGCGAAGGCGUGA